GUUGUGAGUUAUGUCUGGAGUGUUGUGAAACAGAGUACCGUAAACAUUUGUGUAUUGUAUAAUGGGAGUGCUCGAAAACAUCAAAGAUUUUAGAAAGUAUUCAAAUCAGUACUUGGCUGCUUUCACAGGUACACUGCUCACAUUUUCCGUAAUUGCAUCUUACGGAUGGACAUCGCCCACCUUACCGAUCCUUCUUGCCGAGGACUCACCCCUGCCUAUUACAGAGGACGAAAGCUCAUGGAUAGUAUCGAUUCUGGUGCUGGCUUCGAUUGCUGGCCCCAUUCCGACGGCAUGGGCUAUCGAUAAGUUUGGCCGCAAGUACACCUUGUUGUUCACUGCCAUUCCAACCAUCGUCGGUUGGAUAUUGAUCGGUGUGGCGCAGUCUGUGCCGGUGCUGUAUGUAUCCCGUAUGUUGAGCGGUAUUUCCUACGGGAUGCAGUAUUCUUCAAUGCCGAUCUAUCUAGGGGAAAUUGCAUCAGAUGCUAUACGCGGAUCUAUUGGCACCCUUCUCACCGUAAUGGCAAAGGCUGGAAUAUUGCUUGAAUACAGCAUUGGGCCGUAUGUUGGUUUCCGAACAUUGGCCUGGAUUUCGGUGGUUUUUCCAGCCGCGUUCUUCUUGCUAUUCAUGUGGAUGCCUGAAUCACCGUAUCAUCUUCUCGCUAAGAAUAAACAUGAACAUGCGGAGAAGAGUCUUCGAUGGUUGAGAAAACGAGAUGAAGUUCACGAUGAACUCACUAUGAUGAAGGCUGCGGUGGAACGCUCGAAACAAAACAAGGGCACAUUUCGAGAACUUCUUACGCCGGGCAAUAGAAGGUCCCUGAUCGUUGUGAUGGGACUUGGAGCUCUGCAGCAACUGUGUGGUAGCCAAGCUGUCAUUGCAUAUUCUCAGCAAAUAUUCGAAGAAGUUGAAAGUGGCCUCGCAGCUCACGAAUCAUCUAUCAUUAUGGCAGUCAUUCAGUUGAUCACUGCAGCUCUCUCGUCUUCGAUUGUGGACCGAGCAGGCCGAAGACCGUUACUGUUGAUAUCAACUACAGGCUGUGCGAUCGGAACGUUCAUAGUAGGAUUGUAUUUUUUCUUACAGCAGCAAGGAGUGGAAGUUCAAAGUGUUAGUUGGAUUCCCUUGGUGGUAAUAAUGCUGUACAUCAUCUCGUACACAAUUGGCCUUGCUACAGUACCGUUCGCUGUGCUUGGUGAAUUGUUCCCCUCCAAUGUUAAAGCGGUAGCGGCCGCUAUGUACACUAUGUUCGCAUCUUCCGUCGGAUUUGGUGUGGCCAAGCUGUAUGGAGUGAUUGCCUACGAGCUCGGAACGUAUGUCUCGUUCUGGAUAUUCUCCCUAUGUUCCACGCUGUUUAUCAUAUUUGUGUUUUUGCUGGUACCGGAAACCAAAGGAAAACCGCUUGAUCAGAUUCUUGUGGAAAUGCGUUCAUCUCAAAACCGAUCUCUAACUGGGUGCUUCAGGAGACGAAAAACAGUGAAACUUUGAAAAUAUACGAUUGAAUCAAGGAUUGAGUAGAAAAUUCAAUGAGUGAUUACACGAAAUGUCGCAUGUAUAUUUUUUUACUUAAUAUAGUUGUA